AUGACCAAGCCAGCAGAGAAAGCUGCCUUCCCGGACAAAUCAGGUCCAAAGAAUAAGUGGUCGUACAUUGAGAAAGGCCAGGUCGUAAAGGUAUUCAAUGCGUCCGUCGUCGGGAUUCUGGUGGAGUUGAUCAAAUAUGAGAAGCAGAAUUUCACUGGGGAGGUAAAUCAUUCUCAGCUGAUUUGA